UAUAAAUGAGAGGUUUUUCUAAAAAAUCCUCUUUUUCCUUUUGAUAUAUUUUUUCUCAUUAUAAUACAAUAACCAUUUAGUAAACACAUUCAUUCUCUUUCUAUUACAUUUUGAGAAGAGGAAAACAAUAUGGCUUCAUUAACAGUUGCGAACACCCAGGACGAUUGCUUUUUCGAAAAUGGUCGGUACCUUUCUUCGGGUCAAUAUUUUGUAGAUGAUCCUAUUCCACGAUCCAUUUCACCUGACUGCUUGGACUCAUCAACUCAUCCCCAUGACGUCCAUAACCAUUCUUCGUUUAGCGAACAUCGAGGUUCAAAUGACACUAUUUCUUCGGUUUCCUCUUCAAUUGCCACACCUUCCUCUUCACCCUCUACACCGGUGCCACCCGAAAUUAAUCCUAACCUCGCUAGACCAAUUCCUGUCGUUAAGCCAAAAAAGAGACUCAGCAACGUUUUCAACAAUGGCCUUUUUGGUAGUUUAAAAAUGACACCAGCUUCACCAGGUUCAUCUCUCUCGGUGUCCCCUGAAGCCAAUGAUCAUUCAAGACGAUUUAGUGCAGCCUCGAUUCAUAGUGUUAGUUCUGUUAGUAGCACAGCUAGCAAAAUUGGCAGGUCCUUUUCCCGUAUGAUGAGUUCUUCGUUCAAAAAAUCGCCUCCAGACAUGACUUGUGGUUCCUUAGGUGUUGUUCCUUUGUUGACUGAAAAAUACGGUGAAUACAUUAAGCCAGAACACCGUUCUACUAAAGGAUUGGGGUCCACUUCCAAGAAAAACAUUGCUAGUGGUGCUACAGCUGUGAUUCGUCUAGUGAAACAAAGAACUGGUGGUCGUAUUUUGGCAAUUAAGGAAUUCAAGAAGAAGGACAAGUCUGAAUCUGAGCGGGAAUAUCAAAAGCGCAUGUUGAAUGAAUACUGUAUUAGUAAAUCUGCCUCCAAUUGCCCUCAUGUUGUAGAUACACUUGAUCUUGUCAAAGACGAAAAAGGUCGUUGGUGUGUUGUCAUGGAAUACUGUGCAGGCGGCGAUGUAUUCAAUUUGUUACAUGAAAAACCUCAUUUGGCUCCUGAUGAUAUUGCUUGUCUUUUCAAACAACUCUUGUUGGGCUUACAAUACCUGCAUAACCUCGGCAUUGCUCAUCGUGAUAUCAAGCCCGAAAACCUGGUUUUAACGGCUACAGGAACACUUAAGAUUGCAGACUUUGGUGUUGCUGAUGUUGUUCAAAGCUGUUUUGAAAAAGAAAGCCAUCCUUGUAAGAAAUGGUGUGGUUCUGAACCCUUUUGGUCUCCAGAAAUGUGGAAAAUCAAAGACGAUGCUGAUCCAUACGAUGGUAAAGCCCUUGAUGUCUGGAGUGCUGCUGCUACUUAUUUCUGUAUGCGUUUCCAACAAUUGCCUUUUACUGCAGCCUUCUUCACAGGUCGCCCAGGUGGCCAACCUCCUCAAGGCGCUGUUCCUGGUUCACCAGCAGCUGUUGCCGCUCAAGCCUCUGAUGGUGGUGAUUUCGACUACAAGACUUAUACCGAGCAACGACGUAAAUUAGACCCAAGUGAUUGUGAUCUCUUUAAGAAUUUCACUCAACCUGAAAGAGAAUGUCUCGCUGGAAUGAUGGAUCCUAAUCCUGAGACUCGUUGGACUAUAGAACAAGCUUUGAACUGUCCUUGGAUGGUUCAAUUUGAAGUCUGCCAAGAUGGCAAGCUUUCCAAUGGCUUCAAUCACACUCAUUAUAUUCCAUCAAAAUAGAUUUCAUUAUGUAUUGCAUUCUUGUAUUAUCUUUAAAUGUACCAUAAAAUGUAUUAUUAUUAUCCUUAUUCCCUUCAAUAAAAGAAUUCAUCAUAGACGCC